AACCUGCCUUCCCUAAAUACCAUUUCUACCUGUAGACAAGUGUGCAGUGAGCAGUCGUACCCGCAUACAAAACAUCCAAAGAAAUAAAGCAACAUUUACGUUUUAAUGUUUCAACGUGGGCGUCGCAAUUGCUAUUAAUAAUUCGAAUUUAUUUACUUAACAAUACUGGAAAGUGUCUGGUAGUUAACAUGAGAGCUGUGUCUGUGAUAUGUUUGGUAGUUACAUUAAAAUGUUCCGCAAUUUUUUGCACUCCCAAAGCGGCGAUUUACGUCGAUAAUGGUUUUGAUCAGACGUCCAUCGAUCACAUUAUGUCCUCGCAGGAAAAAGAAGAAAUGCAGCUGGAGAUUUUGAAUCUACUAGGUCUUCCUAAUAGGCCUAGAAGAGUUAAUAAAGCGCCUCUGAAAAGAUCAGCUCCAAAAUUUCUUCUGGACAUUUAUAAAACGUUAAUGGAGGAAGAAAAUGAUGAAAAUGGUAGGGCUAAAAGAAGCACAGAUACGAGUUUCAGCGGGGAAGAACAAAAACAAAUAGAUACAAGUGAUAUGAUCAUGACAUUUGAGAGCAUAAAUCACCAUGUGAGUUCAGUAAGACAUGAAAGAGGUAAAAGACUUUGGUUUAAUGUAACUGAAGUACCUAUAGCUGAAGAUGUGGUGGGAGCAGAAUUAAAAAUAUACCAGAACGAAAAAUUAUCAAAAAAACACCCUGAUACCCAAUACACAAUUACUGUCUACCAACUUAUUAACACAGAUAAUGGGGAACGCGAACUGGAAUACAUCUCAGCAGUAAACACCAGCGCAACAUUCAACGGUUGGCUCGGUUUAAAUCUGACAGAAUGUCUAGCAUCUUGGGUGGCUUUUCCGGAAUCCAAUAAAGGUAUCUACCUGUCCGUUCACCCCGUAGAUAAACCAGGUCACGAAAUUAGGCCUGAAGACAUUGGUUUGGUAACAAUAAAAGGAGAAGACGAAACUCAGCCAUUCAUGGUAGUGUUUCUCAAAGCCACAAAUCACGUUAAAGCUAGGAAAAGGAGUAUCAGGGAGAUUUCUAGCCCUAGAAAAUUCAUGGACAAUUUUUAUUUGCCAAGAGAUGAGCCUGAUAGCAGAAGAGCCUGCCAAAUAAUGACCCUGUAUAUCAGUUUUAAGGAUUUGCAAUGGGCAGAUUGGAUUAUUGCCCCUGAUGGAUAUGCAGCAUAUUACUGCGAAGGAGAAUGCAAAUUCCCCUUGAACGCCCACAUGAACGCAACAAAUCAUGCAAUAGUGCAAACUUUACUGCACUUGAACAGCCCCCAAAAAUUUCCAAAACCUUGUUGUGCCCCCACAAAAUUAGGCAACAUAUCAGUUUUAUACUUUUUAGAUGACAAAAAUGUAAUUCUAAAGAAAUACAAAAAAAUGGUUGUGAAGAGCUGCGGGUGCCAUUAAAUUUUUUAAGAAUUUAAUUUAUACAUACCUACUAAAUUUUGUAUAUUUGUAUAUUUUAUCAUGUUUUAACAAUUUUAUAGUGUAUUUGUCUAUUAUAUAGAUUUGCUAUGAAAUAGGAUGUAAAUAAAUUAGAUUGUAAGUUACAA